UGAGGGUGCGCUCCAGCUGCGUCGCGUUUGAGCACCGGCGUUCAGUGCGCUCCCACCUUCAUCAUCUUCAUCAUCAUCAUGAUGAUGACUCGCGUGCGGUCCGCGGUCUCCAGCAUCAUCGGCGGCAUCAUGGCUUCGGGAUCCAGCGCGCAGGAGACCCACCCGGAUCCACCGCUCCGGUUCCCGUACAGCAGACCGGAUUUCCUCGCGCUGUCUCCAGACGAGGUGGAGUGCUCUGCGGAUCACAUCUCCAGACCCAUCCUCAUCCUCAAGGAGAUGAAGCUGCCCUGGGCCGCCGGCUACGCGGAGGUGAUCAAUGCCGGUAAAAGCACCCUAAACGAGGACCAGGCAUGCUGUGAGGUGGUAGAGCUCAGGAAACGACCCGCAGACCCGUCUAGCCCCAGCUACACUCCCACCAGGAGACGCUCCUCGCUGCCCAGCGUAGACAUCCUGGAGUCCAUCGACGGCUCAGAGGUGAAGGAACUGAACUUCCACUACUGGGCUCUGUUUGACGGUCAUGGCGGUUCCGGAGCCGCGGUUUUCGCAGCCAAGUUCCUCCACCUCCAUAUCGAGGAGCAGCUGCAGGAGGUGCUGGAGAUCCUGAAGAACCCGUCCCUCCAGCCGCCCACCUGUCUGGGCGAGGAGAACCCCGUCCAUCACCUCCACCCGUCUGCCGGAUGCUCCCAGCGGGGCCUGUCCCGGGCCGCUUCGCUCAGAGGGGCCGCCGGGGCCCCGGGGUCCCCUAAUACAAUGGCCCCACGGUUCUUCAUGGAGAAGAAGAUCAAACAGGAGAGUCUGGUGGUGGGAGCCAUAGAGAACGCCUUCAAGGAGAUAGACUCUCAUAUCGCUCGAGAGAGGAUGGUUUACUCUAUAUCUGGAGGAUGUACCGCUCUAGUGGUGGUGUAUUUACUCGAAAAACUGUACGUGGCCAACGCCGGUGACAGCAGGGCUCUGAUCAUCCGUGGAGGAGAGAUCAUUCCCAUGUCCAGCUCCUUCACUCCUGAAUCAGAGCGCCAGAGACUUCAGUUCCUGGCUCACCUGCAGCCGUCGCUGCUGGGAAACGAGUUCACGCACUUGGAGUUUCCCAGAAGGGUCACAAAGAAAGAGGUUGGGAAGAGAAUGCUGUACCGAGACUUUACCAUGAACGGAUGGGCCUACAAAACAGUCCAGGAGGAAGAUCUGAAGUUUCCACUCGUAUUCGGAGAGGGAAAAAAGGCUCGUGUUUUGGCCACCAUCGGCAUCACUCGUGGACUCGGCGAUCACGACCUGAAGGUUCACGACUCGGACAUCGCUAUCAAGCCAUUCCUCUCCUGUUUUCCAGAGGUGAAGAUCUAUAACCUCUCUCAGUAUGAGCACGGCGCCGAUGAUGUCAUGAUCCUGGCUACAGAUGGACUCUGGGACGUGCUGUCCAAUCAGGAAGUGGCAGAGGUGGUAUCUGGUUGCCUUGGAAACUGUGACCCUGAUGACAAGCACAGGUACACAAUGGCAGCUCAAGACCUGGUGAUGAAGGCCCGAGGUGUCCUGAGGGACCAAGGCUGGAGAAUCGCCGGAGACCGGCUCGGCUCUGGAGACGACAUUUCGGUCUUUAUAAUUCCUCUAAUGCACGGCAAUAGCCAACAGCCUCAGCCUAGCUGACCAAUCAGAAGGCAGGGCGCCAACCGAAUCAGACCGAAUCCGUCUCUAACCCAACAUUCAAAUGCUCAGACAGCGUCCUGCUGGAGUUUAAGGAACCCGUUGUGCAUUUGAGCUCAUUUACAAUAUGAACACUUGCUUUUAAGACUUAGCAGUCGAUGACUGCUGACUUUGAAGACCCACGUCAACGUUCCCUACCUCCGCGUGGGUUGGUGGGAUCAGUAUAUAAGUUAUAGCUUUGCACAAUGACUAAAGGAGGGUCCGGUUCUUUGAAGUUCUCCAUGGACAAAUGCGCACCCUCCGCAGUUUGUUUAUCCGCACUCAUCUGGCAGCUAGGCGAAACCAAGCGUGUUUUGCUUUUCUUUUCAGGAUAUUAAUUCAUCCUCUGAAUGUUUCGUUUGUGGAUUUGUUUUUUGCGUUCCCUGAAAAAAUCAAAGCAAUUCUGGCUGCUAUUUGUACAUCCUGUUUUCAGUGACUCCAAAGUUACUGUAAAUGAAAAAUGAGUAUUGUUUUUGUGCUCUGUAAAUUUGCAAUAGGUACUAAGCUAAAUAAUGCCAAUCUGAUCUUCCAUUCAUCACGGUAAGAUUCUUAGGAUGAUACAUUUUUAAGGAAGAAUAAAUCAUGUGUCCGACAAAGAAGUCUGAUGUACAGUGACCGUUCCCUUUGAUUUCUGUAUGCACCGUUGUGAAUUAACACCUACUUGCA